AGCAGAGGUGACAGGGUGAGGAGGAAAGGCAGCAUUCGCGACCGCCACUGUACUGCCUGCUACGGCGCGGAGCGGAACGAGGCGUCUUCGGUUGUUCAACAGAGGUCAAAUCUGAUGAAGAUAUUCUGAGGGAACCGUUCUUUACUUGGCCCGACACAUUUGUCCUUCAUUAUGUUCUGCAGAAGCAUCACCUGGUUCACCUGCGUUUUUAUGGCAGUAGUCAUAGCUUCUGACUGCAAUGACAGAGGUUUCAUUACAGGAUUCGAUCCUGAAGUCACAGUUGAUCAGUUAAGAACCGACAGUCCAGAGUUGUCUACAACAACAGAACGAGCUCAGAAGGUUGAGGGGAGCACAGCUGCGGACCUGGCCACCCUGCUCGACGCCGGUGAUGGAGCUGUGGUGACGCUGGUGGCGGGUGACACGAGGCUGGUGGCGCUUCGGGCCGUGCUGGCUGCCAGAAGUCCCGUGUUCCAGAAAAUGUUCCAGCACAACCCGCUGGAGGCCAGCGGCGGCUGGGUCGUCAUCCCAGACGUGGAGGGCCCGGUGCUGCGCCACCUGCUGUGCUACAUGUACACCCUCCAGGCCCCCCAGCUGCCCAGCGUGGCCCCCCAGGUGCUGGCGGCAGCUGACAGCUACGGCUUGCCCCACCUGAAGGCCGCGUUCGAGCAGCAGGUGGCCGCACAGCUGUCGGUGGAGAACGCGGUUGCCACGGCUCUGCUCGCGCUGAGGCACUCCUGCCCCGUCCUGAAGCAGGCCGCCGUCACAUUCAUUAAGGCCCACACUCUCCAGGUGGUGAUGACGCAGGGCUGGGCAGACGCUGCAGUCAGCCACCCACACUAUGUUGUAGAGUUAACUCGACUGAUUGCAGAGCCACCUGCACAAACCAGUACCGCAGCCACUACAGAGAGCAGGUCAGCACCCAUCACUCGCUCCCACGGCGACUACGGCCAAACUGCUGUCACAGCCCCACCACACGUGGCAACCUGCCACACCCCUCCACCUGACGAUGCCACUGUACGUCGGAUGCGGAACCUUUCUCGAGAGGAGAAAGGCAGGAGGCUCAUCGAGGCAGCUCAGGAGGGAAAAAUAAAAGGGCUGAGGGCACUGCUAGCAGUGGGGACAGACGUGGGAGCGAUGGACGGGGACAGGAGGACCGCCCUGCACUGGGCAGCGUGGGAGGGACACCUGGAAGCUGCGAGGUGUCUGCUGGAGGGUGGAGCUGAGGUGGCUGCCAGGAAUGUCAGGCAGAACACACCUCUGCACUCAGCUGCAACUGCUGGCCACACAGCUGUGGUGCGACUGCUUGUGAGGUCCUCUGCUGACGCCAACGCCAACAACCUAUGGGGGUGGACGCCGCUGCACUGGGCGGCAUAUAAAGGCCACUUACAGGUGGCAACUGUACUGCUAGAGUUUGGAGCCAAUACAGAGGCUAGGGACGACGAGGGGAAUACCCCCCGUCAGCAUGCCAGGAUGAACAACCAUCAGCGACUGGUACAGUUGCUAACGAUACUUUCCCAAGAGGAGAGAGGCAGGAGGCUGAUCAAGGCAGCUAAGGAGGGAGCAGUGGAGAAGCUGCAGGCACUGCUCGCCGCGGGGGCAGAUGUGGGGGUGAGGGAUGAGGACAGGAACACUGCUCUGCACUGGGCAGUGGCCGAGGGACACGUGGGAGCAGCGAUGUGUUUGCUGGAGGCUGGGGCGGCCGUGGCCGCCAUGAACAACGAGAAGAACACACCUCUGCACUCGGCUGCAUACAGAGGACGUGAGGCCAUGGUGCAGCUGCUCGUGGCCUUCUUUGCUGAUCCCAAUGCUAGGAAUGGGGUUGGGUGGACGCCGCUGCACAGGGCCGCAUCCUAUGGCAAAGAAGAGGUGGCGGCUGCACUGCUGGAGGCAGGAGCCGACAGCCAGACGAGUGUCCACGUGGACAGUGAGUCGGCGUCUGUAGCAGCACAGGCUGUGAGCCUCCCCAGGCACGGCAGCUGGGGAAGACUCACCAGCAGCGCUGCAGCCAGCGUCGUCUCUGCACACGGGAGUCGCACGAAGGUGCUGUCUUCAGAGGCGUCCCACAUGUAUUCAUCCACAAUGGCAGCAGUUGAAGAGGUUCAACAGACCACCUGCGUGGGCCUCGGCGCCCUUCUGGACGCGGGCGAAGGCGCUGUGGUGACGCUGGUGGCGGGGGAGACGCGGCUGGCGGCGCACCGGGCCGUCCUGGCCGCCCGGAGCCCCGUGUUCCAGGCCAUGUUCCAGCACGACACGCUGGAGGCCAGCAGCGGUCAGGUCAGCAUCGCAGACGUGGAGGGCCCGGUGCUGAGGGAACUGCUGGGCUACCUGUACACCCUGCAGGCCCCCCAGCUGCCCGGCAUGGCCCCCCAGCUCCUCGCCGCUGCUGACAAAUACGGAGUCUCGGCGUUGAAGUCUAUCUGCGAGCAACAGGUGGCCGCUCAGCUGACAGUUGAGAACGCGGCAGCCGCGGCUGUGCUGGCAGUGAGACACUCCUGCCCAGACCUUACUACGGCCGUCGUCGCCUUCGUAAAGGCCCGCAACAUCCAGGUGAUGGCCACAGAGGGAUGGGCUGACGCGAUGCGGAACUGUGUUGAAGACGUGAUCGUAGUGACCAAGCUGCUCGCUGAUGCACCACCGGGUCCCAGUGCGCCGGCCACCCCCGGCACCCGCCGCCAGCCCCACAGCGACCGCGGCCGGACUCCUGCCGCAGCUGCUCCACCCACAGCUGCCCGCCACACCCCUCCACCUGAUGAGGCCGCAGUCUCUCGCUUGCGGACACUUUCUAGAAAGGAGAGAGAUAGCAGGCUGAUCCAGGCAGCUAAGCAGGGAGCAGUGGGGGAGAUGCAGGCACUGCUCGCAGCAGGGGCAGACGUGGGGGCUAGGGGCUCGGAGGGGACGACUGCUCUGCACUGGGCAGCAGUGGAGGGACGCGUCGAGGCGGUGAGAUGUCUGCUGGAGGGUGGAGCAGAAGUGGACGCCAGGAGCAAUGUGCAGAACACGCCUCUGCACUCAGCUGCAAGGUUUGGCCAUGCAGCUGUGGUUCGGCUGCUGGUCGCGGCCUCAGCUGACCCCAACGCCAGCAAUGUGGAUGGGUGGACGCCGCUACACAGGGCCGCUGCCUAUGGGCACACAGAGGUUGUGGCUGUGCUGCUGGAGGCAGGAGCUGAUAGGGGAGCGAGAGAUGACAGUGGUGCCACCCCCCGUCAUCUCGCCAGGCAGAACAACAAUCAGCAGCUGGUAGUGUUGCUGACGUGAAGCUUUCUGUACUAUGAACAUCUGGAAUAAAACAAUUAUAGCUUCA